AUGCUGCUUAAUCUUUUAACAAUAUUUGGGCUAAUUUUGCAAAGAGUUUUAAGUGAAGAAACAAUCGAUGCUCAUUAAGAUAUAAAUAAAUAAUAAACUACUGUUAACUUUAGCCUUGGCUCUCCUUCUGCUCCACAAAAGUUGAUUGUUUAUUUUGGUACAAAAAUAUAUCCUUAAUUAGGAUAAUUUAUAAUAGAUUAAAGCUAUACUGAAAAUAAUGAAUUUUAUAAUAAUUAGAUUUAAAAUUAUAAAAUAACAUUCUACAAUAUGAAAAAAAGCACAACUGCCUAAAUUCUAGAGACUUUUGAGAAAGAAGACUAAGUGUAUGACUAAAAAAUAUAGGGAGUUUUUGUAAAUGAUAUGCUCUCCUAUAAUAAAAUAUAAUCAAAAUUUAAAUUUGUUGCAAAUUAUCUUAUUUAAUCAAAACAAUAAAUUUUGCUUAAAACAAUCAAAAUUGUAUCUUACUCUAUAUAAUAAUUUAUUUUUUUAUUAACAGGAUAUUUUAUAAUCGAAAUUUUAUUUUUGACAUUUAUUUAUUUAUUCUCUUUAAUAUAAAAUCAUCCUAGUUUAAAAAUUAAUAAGAUAAAAAAUUAUGUAUGA